AUGGGCGCGGACCUCAACAUUCACACGGUCAAACUAGACCAACCAGUGGCACGUGGGGAAAGAAUUAUAGUUGAACAACUAUUUAGUAGUAGAAAUGGAAUAUUUGUAUGGAUUCUGCACGUGUUAUCCACGGCUAAAUUUAAAAGAGGUCAAACUUACAGCCAGAUGAUGCCUGAGAUGCGGAAUUCGGUCCUCCUCUCGGGUCCUGCUGGGAGCCGCAGAACCAUUCCAGAGAGACACGCCGGCCGAAUCACGCCAGGUUACACCGGCUUCAUCCCCAAAAGACAGAACUACAUUGCCUGCAGCUACUCUGAAACAUGUCAGAGAGCAUUUUCUGACUUUUACAAGGAGAUGUAUGCAAAUAUCCAGCAGGCGUCAACAGAUCCAUCACUUGCUGUCAACUACGCCCACCAGCAGUCAAAAGAGCCAACAGCCCCACAAAAAGAAGCUUUGGACAAAGUGGUAUCCUACAUACCUGCGAAGAGCUUCAACCCCAUCGCAAAACCAUAUUUGUUGGACGAUGGCCACCCCAACAAGUACUACAUGUCAGGAUUUACAGGGCAUGUGCCGAAAUACCGAUUCCUGUUUGGGAAAGGCUAUCCCAUCGCCACCAACGAGGCACUUGUCCAGUCCGGUAAUCAGCAGGAUGACGGCAACUGCCGGUUCCCGACCAUUCGCGCAAUCUAUCAUUCACACCACAAGGGUGUGGUUCCAUCUUUCACAGGACAUAUACCAGGAUACAAAUUCAUGUACGGGCACACCUUUGGUCAUCUUUCCAAGAAAGCUUUGGAGAAGUGUGCUGCAGGGAAACCCGCCACAAAGAAUAAUGAGAAGAAAACAGUUUUCACUAAAAAGGUCUGCUGA